GCAACACAGUUACUUUGAUCGGUCGUGUCAGACGGAUGCUUCGGGCGAGCAUUUUCGCGUAAACUAAUUGAUUUCUUCUAAUUAAAUUACAGUGAAUCAUUGUGUUAGCGAUGCAAAAGUGAUGUGAGCCAUGCUUAUUCAUUUUGUGCAAAAAUUGUUAAUAUUGAAGCCAAAAUAGGGGGUGUAACGGGGAAACAAAAAUGGCUUCGGGAGACAGCGAUCACAUAGAAGUAAUGGAUAGUACAGUGACUAAAAAGACGGAUGCUGGACAGGCAGGCGCAGAGGAUGAUGAUCGCGAUAGGACUUCAAUUGCUGAGAAAAAUGUACUUUACGAUCCGGCAGUGGGCCCUUCAGGGGCCAUCAGCAAGGUGCACAAAUCGGAUCGCAAGAUCGGCCACCGGCGUGUCGGCGAGGGUGGCGAGAUCACCUACAAGAAAAUUCAGUCUUCGCAGAUUAUGGCAUCCAUACAACUUGGUAUCCAACAUGCGAUCGGUGGUCUCGCCUCGAAGCCGGAGCGUGAUCUACUUAUGCAGGACUUCAUGACGGUAGAAACAACAAACUUCCCACACGAAGGUUCCAACCACACCCCCGCCCAUCACUACUCUGAGUUCAAGUUUAAAACGUACGCUCCAAUCGCGUUCAGAUACUUUAGAGAUCUCUUCGGCAUACAGCCGGAUGAUUUCUUGAUGUCAAUGAGCAGUGCACCAUUACGCGAGUUGAGCAACCCCGGCGCGUCCGGCAGCAUCUUCUACCUGACCAAUGAUGACGAGUUCAUCAUCAAGACAGUGCAGCACAAAGAGGGAGAGUUUCUACAGAAAUUGUUGCCCGGAUACUACUUAAACCUUGAUCAGAACCCCCGCACGCUCCUACCAAAGUUCUUCGGUUUAUACUGCUACCAAUGCAACAGCAAGAACGUGCGGUUGGUCGCAAUGAACAACCUGCUGCCCUCCUCCGUCAAGUUGCACCAGAAGUACGAUCUCAAAGGAUCCACCUACAAGAGGAAGGCGAGCAAAACGGAACGACAAAAGAAUUCACCAACUUACAAAGACUUGGACUUUAUGGAGUAUCAUCCUGAAGGAAUCUUUCUAGAAGCUGACACUUACAAUGCGCUCAUCAAGACGAUGCAGAGAGACUGUCGAGUCUUGGAAAGUUUUAAGAUUAUGGAUUACUCCCUACUCGUCGGUAUUCACAAUUUGGAUGAGGCUCAAAGAGAGAAGACUGAAGCGAGGAAGAGAACAGAAUCUGGACAGAGCGACGGCGAAGAUGAUGUCGAACCGAAGUCGAGCGGACUCAAUAGAACCAGAUCUGAGCAAGGCAAGGAGGAUUUCGGGAUGCAAGUGAAAAGGACUCAGUCUAUCAACCGGCAGCGGCUGGUGGCGCAUUCCACGGCGAUGGAGAGCAUCCAGGCGGAGAGUGAACCCAUUGAUGAGGAGGAGGAUGUGCCGCCGGGCGGCAUUCCGGCGCGGAACGCUCGCGGCGAGCGGCUGCUUCUCUUCCUCGGCAUCAUCGACAUCCUACAGUCUUACCGUCUGCGCAAGAAGCUCGAGCACACCUGGAAGAGCAUGAUACACGACGGAGACACAGUUUCAGUGCACAGACCGAGCUUCUAUGCGCAAAGGUUUCUAGACUUCAUGGGAAAAACUGUAUUUAAGAAAAUACCUUCGUUGGACCUGCCCGAGAUCAAAGGCAACCACCGCAAGUUCCGCACCCUGGUCACGAGCUACAUAGGUCUGACCCUGAAACACUCACCUUCGAAGAGGAAAAGCAUCGCCAAGCCGAUUAAGCCAUUGGAAGAAAUUGAUACGCCAGGUGCGGCAAGCUCUAGUGGCGCCGUCAAAGCAGUCUCCCUAUCUGACGUCACAACGCAUAUAACGCCUACAUCGGUGACGUCACCAGUGUCAACCGCAGCGAAGGUCACACAGAUAUCCACAAAGACAACUUUAGAACCAGACGUAGCUUUCCCAGCGGUGUUAAAAGGAUCUCAAAAGCAGAGGGUACCGCCCCCCGUGCCUCCCAGAGGAUCCCCGAAGGCAAAACGCGGGGGUCACUCUCAAUCCGGUCAUGAACCUAAAGCCGCGGGCGUGUGCUGCUCGACCCCGCCGCCGCCGUUCGAGGAAGCGCCACCACCCCGCACCAGCCGGACCAACUCGUCGUCGACAACCUCUUCGAGUGCAUCAGGUCGCCGGCGCGGUGCAUCCAGCGCGGCUAGCGUCGUUACCACAUCCUCUGCUUCGUCUUUAGCAUUGACACCCGCAGCGUUAAGCAGUGCGAGGAGUAACGAAGCCAGUGUAUGUUGGACGCCGCCGGCGUCAGUAGAGGGGUCGACGCCAACUUGGACAGAAGGCACGCCGAGCUUCACCGAGUCUAGUAGUAGUGAACAAGGCUACCCCAUCACCCCCGCACGCGGUGCCACCCCGAAUGAGGGUCGUCGCUCCCCCCGCGCGCCGCCGCCUCCUGCACGAAUCAACCCCCCAACCACCAUCAAUUGUCUCACCAGCGAAGUGGUAGAAAUAACGCAUCUCACUUCCGAGACAACAAAUAUAACAGUAUCAACUUACGAAGUGCAUCAGCAAAUGCAGCAAUUGCAGAUUGAAGAGAAACAUUGCUGAAUUUAUGUGUUCAUCAUCAUCAGCUCACUAUAUGUUCCCACUAAUGGGCUCGGAGCCAACCCUAAGUUAGGGGUGUGUGGUGUUUAGUACGUUUUAAAUUUGCAGGAUGUGUUAGGCUUAUGUUUAAAAUGUGUGCAUGUUUGGUAUAGCUUUGCUCUAUACUCUAUAGUAAAUGUUAAGUGAAAAAUACGUCAGAAUUUUGGUUUUCAUUGUCGUAAACAAAAAGAUAUAGCAAUUUUUUUCAUUGUGAAAUUAUUAUUUUUCUGUAGGCGUUAAAAUCAAUGUUGAUAUUUUCCAGUGUUGAUUAUUUUGUUUAUUGCAAAGUUUAUUUUAGUUUCGAUAAUGAUAUUCAAUAUAACAGAUUAAAAACCAUUCGUGUAUUCAUCAUUCAUAUUAUCUGUUGAAUUUGUCUUUUUUUUGUAAACUAUAGAAAAUCACAUUACAGAUUAAAAAUAUUAACGCAGUUAAGUAUUCGCAUCAUCAAAAACAAUUGAAUUUAAAUCUCAACUUUUAAUGUCUGUAGCUUUUUUUCAUCAAUGAUUUAAUGACUAUUCGCCAAAUUAUGUGCUCAAUUAAAAAGUGCGUGUACAUAUUUGAAGAAGAAAUAUAAACAGUAAGGCAUUGUAUCUGCAAUAUUUAAAAAAAAAUUAAAGAUUCUAUUAGAAAUGUGCCCAUUUCGAUAUUCUAAUUAAUUGAGAACGCUUAAUAACAUUUAUAUUUUGCGACAUUUGUUUGAUUUGUUGGUGUAUAAUUAAACAAGUGGUCGUGUGGUUUUUUUAACUAUUUCUUGAAUAGUUACUUAAGUAAUGAAAAUAAGAAAAAUAGCCGGCGUUCUCGUAGCACACUUAUAUCCAACGAACUUCCAAUGCAACAUUGUUGCCAGCAUAGGAAAAAAGUUUAUAAUAAUUUGAAUGUUGCCAAUACAAAAAGAAA